GUCCAUGUAUAUAUAGUCAAAGGUUCACACUGCUUCAAAGAGACACUGUCGUAUGGACCUGUGAAAACAGUCAAACCCGGCACGCACAAACACAAAAACAUAAAUAAUAGAGAAAACACCGACACCUUAUCGAACUGUGUGUAUUAUUUUUUUCUGUUUUGCGUGAAAAAAACUAGUGAUUUAUUACCAAACGAAACAUAAUUUCAUUAAAGUAAUUAAUUGACGCGAAUUAUUCCAACGCCCCAUUCUAAAAUGAUGUAAUUCAUUUUCCACCGCCAGUUCAUUUUCACCACAAUCCUUGAAAAUGCGACUAGCUCUGGAGAGUAAAUACAUCGAUAAGCUGAAUUACGACGUGCAUUACAACGAUGCGAUUUAUUACGACAAAUGCGAAUCUUCCGGCGGCUCGACCUCGCAAUCGUUCAUCGAAUUUCGUAGCCCUAAGAAACCGGACGCUGCUAACAAACCGAACGACUGCGUUAAAGAUGAUAAACAUACCCAAAACUGUACCCGUAUCAACGGUAAAAGCUACAAAUGCGCUCAUUGUAACAAACUUCACAAGAAGAUUAUCUGCAAGAAGAAUAAUAAUAACAAAGAUGGCAUUCAACGUAAGAAACUAAAAUCGUACUCUUGCGCCGGCUGUUCGACUACGUUCAGGAAUCUGGUGCAGCUUAGGAAACAUUCUAGAGCGUGUAAAAGUGCAAUAAAAAAUAAUCGAAAAUGUCCCGAUAUCAACUGCAAACGUACCUUUUCCAAGUUGAUCUUACUAUUGAACCAUUUAAAAGAGCAUCUAACCGAAGCCGGUCUAUCGUUCGAAUUUUAUACUCUUCAAGAGUUCGAAAACUGGCAGAAUAAGUUCGGCAACGAGUUCGUGCUGGUGAAAACGUUCAAAACCAAAGCAACCGAUUUAAUUUAUCGUUAUUACGUUUGCCAGUUCGAAAUCACCGAUGGUGUAUCUUCAACGAAGAGUAUUUGCCAAGGCAAGGUAUUCGUUACGAAGAAAUCUAACGGAGCUGUUGUCAAAUACAUGCCCCACGAUCAGCUUUGCAAAUGGUCGAAGAAAACCGUUUGCCAGAAUUUAACCACCGAAGCUACCACUUUGGAGGAUAAUCUUCACCAAAAGGAUAAACUACGAUCGAUUCUAUCGAAUCAUAGGUUUAACGAAGUUGAUACCGAGAAAGAUAUAGAAUCUGUUAAGAAAUCUAUUCGUGAUCGGAUCAGUCAACUAGAUGAGUGCGUUAGUGCCGGCGAUGUGCAAUCUUUACUCAAUAUCGAGUACGUUCUGCAAGAGUUACUCAAAAUGUACACUAAAACCGAUACAUUGGUCGAGUCUAAAACCGAACCUACCGAACAAGAGAAAGUUCCCGAAUCCAACGAACCCUUUACCAGUGAACUUAAGUACGCCGACGAUGUGAAUAAAGUGGCCUUUAACGUAGGCCCUUACUCGAUCAGUUCAUUACAUCUUAAAUCACUCGAUUACAAUAUACCUUCGGCUGAAUGCGCUAUUUUGAAAUCAGUAGCUCAAGAUUUCCGUAAAGGAUGGUUAUACGAUACCAUAUUGGAUGCGUUCCUUUACAUGUUAUGCAAACCUCAUCCUAAUGCUAUGUUCUUGGAGACUGCUGUCAGUCAAAUUAUAAACAGCAACUCGUUAAAUUCACUUCGUAUGCAAUUAGGCGAUAAAUAUUUCACCAAUAUCGAGAAUAUCUUCGUCACAUUCAAUCCGAACGGUAAACAUUGGGUUUUAUUAGUGGUUAAACCGAAACUCAAACAAAUACAAAUCUACGACCCUACUUCGAAAAAGAAAACAACCAGUCAAUCUUUGAUGAAGUUCGUCAAACAAUUAAUUUGCGUUUUAUUGAACGAUUUCGGUCCGAAUGAAACAUGGAACAUUGUUGUGCCUAAACACAUCAUUCAAAAAGGUAAUUACAACUGCGGAGUUUAUGUUUGUUGGUACGCUGAGCGUAUUUUGAAAAAUGAAGACGUCGUUACCGAAUUUAGUGCUAGCGAAUUUCGUAAAUAUAUUUUUAAUUUCAUCGGCGGUCACGGAGACGAAUAAAGAUAUAAAAUCUAACUCUCUUCUCGCUUCGAGGUGUAUUAUCAAAUCGACUCGAAUGAGUUUUUCUGUUAUUAUUUUUUUUCUGUUCUUGAGAAUUAGUUUCAAUUGUAUUUUGCUCCAGUAGCCUGUUUUACGUUGAGACUUAUUGUUUUAGCCAACUACCUGAAAUUUAACCUGGUUCACUACGUUUAACAUCUAUUCUCUAGUUUAAUUUGUAUAUACUAUUUUCAGUUGUAAACCAUGUACUCUUACGUUGUUUUAUUAAAUUACUAUUAUCGUC